UGCGGAUAAAAUACAAUCUAUAAUGUUUAAAAACAUCCUGGCAGUUGCAAGGAAUCCCUACGUUGGCCACACGAGUAGUUCCAAUUCACAGACAGGUAAACCUAACCCCACAAAUCUCAAUGUUUUUGAAAUGACGCGUUUUUCGACAAACGAAGCUGUUAGUUUAGAAAAAACGGUCGAAACAGCGGUAGAUUUGGUAGAAACGAGCCAAACCGACUUGGAAAAUGUGUACGAAAUCGGUAAAUGUGCGGAGUGGAUUAAGAAAAAUAACUACAAGAAGGUUUGCCUGCAAUUUCCGGACUAUUUGUUACCGGAUUCCACCGAGGUGGCGUUAAAAUUGCAGGAGAUAUUGGGGCAAACGUUGUAUAUCCUUGGAGAUACUGCAUACGAAAGUUGUUGUAUAGAUUAUAUAGCCGCCUCACAUAUAAACGCCGAUGCUAUAAUACACUUUGGGGCAGUAUGUUUUUCCAUAACCUCUGCUAAUAUACCUCAUAUGAAUAUUUACGAAAAAGGUUCUUUAAAUGUUGUUGAUUUAAAAAAGAGUUUCGAUACUUUCGAAGGGAAUAAAAGUGAUAUAAUUUUGUUAGUGGACACACCAUAUAUUUGCCAUUUAGAUACCAUCAAAGAAGUGUUUAGUGUACAUAAAAAUGUUGUAGUGAGUAGAAUAGAUGAAUCAGUAAAUAACAAUCAGAAAAUAACAGUUUUUCUUGGAGAUAAUGAUAGAAAAUUAAUGAAUUUAUCCCUUUCAAUGGGUUGUAGAAACUUGUACUACUACAAACCAAAGGUAGAUAAUAAAAUGAUUGUAAAAUAUGAAAUGGAGUCAAAAAUAAUAAAGAGAAGGUAUUUCUUGAUGGAAAAAAUUAAAGACAGCAAUACGGUGGGUAUAGUUGUUGGAACUUUGGCUGUUAAAAAUUACUUGAAAGUUAUUGAGAGAAUUAAACGAUUAUUAAACAUGUGUGGUAAAAAAUAUUACCUUAUAAGUGUUGGUAAGCCCACUGUGGCAAAAUUAGCGAAUUUUCCAGAGGUAGAUUUGUACGUCAUAAUAACGUGCGCUAUGAACGAAAUUUACGAAAGCAGAGAUUAUUAUAAACCCAUAGUAACACCAUAUGACGUCGAAGUUGCUCUCAAUGUUAACAGUAAAAACUUAAACUUCACCUACGAUUACAAUUCUUUUAUCAACGAUUCCGACUUGGACUCUUUGGAGGUUAAUUUAGAGGAAGAUGUUAGUCUUCUAAGCGGAAACGUUAGACGCAAUAAAACCGACGACGAAAAAAUGGAGGAUAGCGAACAUAACCUAAUUUCUCUGCGUGCCGAAGGUACAGUGGCGCACAGCGAUCACGGGGCGGGAUUUUUAGCUUCGCGAAGCUGGCGGGGGUUGGAGCAAAACUUGGGCGGAACCGAUGCGAAGUUGGCCGAGGAGGGGAGAAAGGGGAUUGCACAGGGAUAUUCAAACGAAAAAAUGUAAUAAUUAUUGGUUUAAUAAAAUAUUUUAAAGUAAUUUGG